AUGGCGACCAUGCCAUUUGUGAGUGAGGGGAAGUGCGUGAGUGUGGAGUGGGAUUUCCUCCAAGGACUGCUGGCGAAGCCUCCCACCCUGCCCUGUCUCCAGAACCUGCGUAAAGAGAAGUCUCGUAAUGCGGCCCGUUCCCGGCGGGGGAAGGAGAACUUUGAGUUCUUUGAGCUGGCCAAGAUGUUGCCUCUACCGGGGGCCAUCACCAGCCAGCUGGACAAGGCCUCGGUCAUCAGGCUGACCAUCAGCUACCUGCACAUGCGCACCUUUGCCAGCCAGGGGGACCCGCCCUGGAGCCCCCUAUUGGAGGGAGACAGCAAUUGCAGCAAAGUGAGACGCUCCACCCAUUCUCUGGCCACUGACAUGUUUGAACAGCACCUUGGUGCACACCUGCUACAGUCUCUGGAUGGUUUUGUGUUCGUGGUCAGUCAGGAGGGACGAUUCCUCUACAUCUCUGAGACGGUUUCCAUCUACCUAGGACUCUCACAGGUGGAGCUGACAGGCAGCAGUGUUUUUGACUACAUCCACCCAGCCGACCACGUUGAGAUGGCCGAGCGGCUGGGGAUCAGACCCCACCUGAGGGCCGAGGCCGGCUGCCUCACAGCUCCCGAGAGCGCCUCCAGCUCGGCCUCUGCCUCCUCCCUGGCUGGUACCCCUGAACCUGCCCCCAGUAGUCCCCACUCUCCAGGCGAUGAGCCUCCCGAUCGUGGCUUCUUUAUCCGCAUGAAGUCAACGCUCACUAAGAGAGGUUUGCACGUCAAGUCCUCUGGAUAUAAGGUGAUCCAUGUCACGGGUCGAAUCCGCUGCCGCCCCGCCCUCCUCCCAGGCUCCACCCGCUCUGUGCGUCGACCGAUGGGUUUGGUGGCACUGGCACACACGCUCCCACCGUCUACGCUCAAUGAAGUCCGCAUGGAGAGCCACAUGUUUGUCUUCCGGGUCAAUAUGGACCUACAGGUCACAUACUGUGAGAAUAGGAUCUCGGAGUACAUGGAUCUGACCCCGGCAGAAGUGGUGGGCCAUACUUGUUACCACUUCAUCCAUGUAGAAGACCUGGACAACCUGCGACAGAGCCACGAAGACUUGCUGAGGAAGGGCCAGGUGGUGACGGGGUACUAUCGGUGGCUGCAGAGGAGAGGGGGCUACCUGUGGAUCCAGUCCUGUGCUACUGUCGCCAUCAACCACAAAGCCCCCCACGAACGCAACGUAAUCUGGGUCAACUACAUCCUCAGCCGGACGGAGUUGCCUGACACCCAGCUGGACCUUCUUCAGCUUCCAGAAAGUGUGAGAGCAGAGCGACUUCGAGUUAGUGCCUCCCCCUCCACCAGCUCCCCACAAGCCAGAGGUACAGUAUGCUCCCAGCCAAUGAAGAGCUCAGUGGGCAAGAACGAGUCAGACUCAAAAGGCAGAGAAACGUACAAUACCGCCGCCAUCCAAUCAGAAGACAGAAGGAAGCGCCCGCUGCGGUCCGACCCCGAAGGUGCUCCCCCUGAGACUCGUCGCAGACUGGAGGAGCAGCGCCAGACCGAGGAGAGCGUGUCAGCCUCCUCAGACCUGGCCAGCGAGAGUGAGGCAGACGAGGAGGAGGAGACGGAGUGGGACCAGGGUGGGGAGAGUGACAGAGUGAAACAGGAAGAUGGAGGGGGGGGAACGAAACACGGCGGGGGAGGAGAGACCCCCACCAGAGGAGAAAGAGGGGUCAGAGUGCACAACGGGCGGGCGGUGAUCCAGCAGCUGAAGAGUGUGAUGACCCCCUCUGCCCUGUCUGGUAGCCCCAGCAUCAAAACUGAACACGAGGCCCUGGCCCCGGGGGUGCGCUGGGGAGCACACGCGCAGACUCCCACCUCACAUGCAACGUCCAAUACCACCCAAGCCCAGCCCUCACAUGCACACACCCCCUCCAGCAGCAGCCUCAACGGCGAUAGCCCUGCCACCCCCAUACCUGAUUCUUCCUCCAGCAGUGAAGCCCCUCCAAAGGGUCUCUUCACUCCCCCAUCCCCAGCUCUGUCUCCGGCCAUGUCCGUGUCCUCCCCCCUGCCCCGUGAGGACAGGGCAGUGUUAGGCUCUGUCAGUCGAAGCGGUGGUGGAGGUGGCGGUGGCAGCGGUGCUCCUGACUUUGAGCUGCUCCAGAGACUGGCUGCAGGAGGCGCAGCGGGGCGAGUCCUCUUCCACCCGCUGGCCCUCGGCCCGCAGGGCCCCCAGAGCCUCUACGCCCCCAGCACUAUCCGCUACGCUCCCCCCGAGCUGCCCCCCUCCCACCAUCACCCUGCUGGACACGCCGACGGCCUGCAGCUACGCUCGGAUCACCACAAGGGACCUCCGCCGGCCUUCUUCCCCCACCUGCAGAGGCUGGCCAGCCUCCCGCCCUUCAGCGGGUUCUCCCCAUCAGACAACCCUUUCUCCUCCAGCCUCCCCUUCUGUAUGAACGGACUGAGGGGAGCCGCAGGCUCAGAGGAGGACUGA